GGCGACGGCGGCGGGUUGCGGCGGCCUUUCGGCUCCGGGAAGAUGGCUGAAAGCGAGCGUCAGCCGGAGUCCGCUGAGGGGGCAGCGCCUCCGCCCAGCCAGAAAUUCAUGGUCCCCAGAAAGGAAAUCAACAUGGUCCCUGACAUGGCAAAGUGGAAACGUUCUCAGGCUUACGCGGAUUACAUCGGCUUUAUUCUCACGCUGAAUGAAGGCAUCAAGGGCAAGAAGCUGACCUGUGAAUACAAGGUCUCCGAGCCCAUCGAAAAACUGGUAGCUCUGCUGAACAUGCUUGACAGGUGGAUCGACGAGACCCCCCCAGUGGACCAGCCUUCUCGUUUUGGGAACAAGGCCUUCCGGACGUGGUACGCCAAACUAGACCAGGGUGCAGAGAACCUGGUCGCUACCGUGGUCCCCAAGCAGCAGGCGGACGCGAUCCCCGAGGUGGCCGUGUACUUGAAGGAGUCGGUGGGGAACUCCACCCGCAUCGACUAUGGGACAGGCCACGAGGCCGCCUUCGCCGCCUUCCUCUGUUGUCUCUGUAAAAUCGGUGUCCUCCGGGUGGAUGACCAGCUCGCCAUCGUCUUCAGAGUCUUCAACAGGUACUUGGAAGUGAUGCGGAAGCUCCAGAAAACCUAUCGCAUGGAGCCGGCUGGCAGCCAGGGCGUCUGGGGGCUGGAUGACUUUCAGUUCCUGCCCUUCAUAUGGGGCAGCUCACAGCUGAUAGAUCAUCCAAACCUGGAGCCUCGUCAUUUUGUUGAUGAGAAAGUGGUGAAUGAGCACCAUAAGGAUUACAUGUUUCUUGAGUGCAUCCAGUUCAUUACAGAGAUGAAAACAGGCCCGUUUGCUGAGCACUCCAACCAGCUGUGGAACAUCAGCGCAGUCCCUUCCUGGUCCAAAGUGAACCAGGGCCUCAUCCGCAUGUAUAAAGCUGAGUGCCUGGAGAAGUUCCCCGUGAUCCAGCAUUUCAAGUUUGGCAGCCUCCUUCCCAUCCAGCCUGCUGCAUCUUAAGGAGAUUUUUUUCUUUUUUCGUUUUCUUUGUGCAGGGGGUGGCAGGGUGCAGCCACAGCACGCCUCUUCCCCUCCCCGCCAUCCUGCCCCUCGGGGGCCACGCCGUGUCCCCCCACCCCUGCGCCCUCAUCCUUGCAGUGCAAGCUGGGUCAAAGGAGCGGCCCAGGAGAGCUUCUGAAGCGCUUGUAUGAUCUCAUGGCGAUAAAAGGAGGGGGGGAUACGAGGGGGGAAAUCACGGCGGAAGAGCUAAACUUGACUCCGGAACAUGACAAUCUACACACACCGAGCUGUCCUUUGUCCUGACAUGUUUGGCGCGCUUGUGUUUGUUUUGUUUUUUUCAUGUUUAAGUCCUGCUGUAUACUGAUCUGGGAAGAUGCAAGUGAGGGGAUAAACUCGGCCUGCCAGAAGUC